AUGUCAUUCAAAACACCCGUUUCGACCUGUUAUACCCAUAUUGCAGGACUUGGAAAGCUGAAAGGUUUCGAGUACUCUAAUGGUGUUCGACAAUAUUGUGGCAUCCCGUACGCAUUUCUUAAAAAGCGAUGGACUCGUUCUACAUUAAAGACUUCAUGGAACGAUGACUUUCAUGACGGAACAGUCCUUGGGCCCAGCUGUCCUCAUCCGCAAUCAGAAGAGGACGACAGUGACGACCUGGUCCCAGUACCGCCGGCCACUCACUUUCCAAUUCAGCCAGAAGUGGAUGAGUUGAACGGACUCGUGAUGAAUAUCGUAGUGCCGAUGGCUAGUGAUGCCAUUAUCAAAAAGCUUCCCGUCAUGUUAUACGUGCAUGGCGGGUCUUUACUCUACGGCGGAGCCAAUCUUCCCAUAUUCGAUGCGGUAAAUCUAGUAUCUCAAAGCUUAGAAUUGGGUAUACCUAUCAUUUGCGUCAACUUCAACUAUCGUGUCGGCCUAGGAGGUUUCCUCGCUAGUCAAUCAAUUAAACGUGAAUUGGAACAAGACGGGUUCGCCGGCUGUGGUAAUUUUGGCUUCACGGACCAGCAAGUCGCAUUUCAGUGGGUACAAAAAUACAUUCAUCAUUUUGGAGGAGAGGCAACCCGGGUAACUGCAGUUGGGGAGUCUGCCGGGGGUAUAUCGAUUAGCCACCAGAUGUGUGCAGCAAGUCCCCCUGUUUUCCAUCGCGCUGUAUGCAUGUCGGGCCUCAGUGUCUCCAUUCCGGCGUGGAGUAUGGAUCAACAUGAGGAGCUUUUCAUAGCAACGUGCAGGCAUUUUGGAAUAGAUCCUGCGGACCGAAGUGCCCUCGAUAAAUUGCGCGAUGUCCCGCAGCAAAAGCUAGCGGACGAAACACCAAUCAUCCAAGGAGUUCUCUCUGGCACUGGCAAUGCUUGCUUAGACAAUUGGUUCUAUGCAAAGGAUCCACUUGAGAUCCAUCCAUCUCCAUCUUGGGUGCAAACAUUCAUGCUCGGGGAUACCUACCACGAAGGCGUCAUAUUUCAUCUGAAUAUCGUGGACGACUCCUAUGACUUCAUACGCCAUACAAUGCUGCAACAGAUUCAGGAUGAGGAAGCAGUGACGCAGAUAUUAACGGAGUACGGAAUCACGCCCGGUCUAAGCCAGGAGGAGCUCAUCCAAAGAACGGAACAUAUGUGCGGUGACGCAGUCUUCAAAAUCCCUAAUUACGCAACUGCCAAAUUGUCCUUCGAGGAAAAGCCCGGGUCAACUUUCCAUUACCAUUUCGACCAAUUAUCUAGAAUCAAAAACCAAUUGGAAGGCACCGCUUACCAUGCUCAUGAGUUACUUUAUUUGUUUAGAAACUUGGAAAAUGAGUUUAGCGCGGAAGAGAUCACUAUGGCAAAGGACUUUGCAGCUUCUUGGAUCCGGUUUGUUAACGGAGAAGAUCCUUGGGCAAGCAAGACAAAGGAUUCUGCAGUGAACAGUCGUCAAUGGAAAGUAUGGGGUCCUAAUUGCCAGCAGAGCUUGAAAACCGAGACUGAGGAUGAAGAAGUUCGCAACUACUUACGUAUGGAGCGAAUCUUGGCGAUGGGAGAUGGUAAAUUGUGGACGAAGUGGUUGAUGGCGGUGGAUGCUCUUGUUAACAAAAGAAUGCGAAUGGGUAAAAAUGUAUGA